ACUACCAACAAGGUAUUGCUUAAGGUCGUGUGCUAUUAAAAUUCUGGCGGCUAGUGAUGGACAUACCCUGGAUUGAGAAAUACAGGCCGAAUUCGAUAGAAGAUCUUAUAAGUCAUGAUGACAUUUCUAAAACAAUUGCGAGAUUUAUUGACCAAGACAGACUACCACACCUACUGUUUUAUGGGCCACCUGGCACAGGUAAAACUAGUACUAUCCUGGCUGCAGCAAAGCGCCUAUACACGCGUCAGUUUAAUUCAAUGGUUCUAGAGCUUAAUGCCUCUGAUGAUCGUGGGAUCGAUGUUGUACGUGAACAAGUAUUAAGUUUUGCUAGCACAAAAACUCUCUUUGUUGGCAAAUUUAAGCUGGUUAUUCUUGACGAAGCUGACUCAAUGACCAAAGACGCCCAAAAUGCCCUUCGCAGAAUUAUCGAAAAGUUCACUGAAAAUACUCGAUUUUGUCUUAUUUGUAAUUACCUGUCCAAAAUAAUCCCUGCGAUACAGUCACGUUGUACAAAGUUUCGCUUUGCACCGCUUGGAUUUAAUGAUGUUAGUUUGUGUCUUCGAAAAAUCGCAUCAUGUGAAGGUGUUCACCUAACAGAUGACGGAGUGAAGGCCAUAUAUCAGUUUGCAUCUGGAGAUAUGCGCAAAUCGAUCAACUUAUUACAGAGUGCAUCUAUGUCAUCGGAAACGGUUGAUGGAUCAGCUGUCUACGCUUGUGUUGCAUAUCCUUCACCUGAAGAAGUUCGAUCACUUUUAGAUCAUGUACUAAAUGAGCCAAUAAGUACUGCAUAUCAUAAUAUUAUAUCUGCGAAAAAUUUGAAGGGAAUGGCACUUCAGGAUAUUAUCACAGAAAUUCAUCCAUUAAUAAUGCGAAUUGACUUACCCGAUCCAAUUCGAUGUGAUUUAAUAAUUGCCAUGUCGGAUAUAGAACAUCGUAUGUCACAGGGAUCGUCGGAGAGGUUGCAAUUGGGUGCAUUUGUUUCAGCUUUCACUCGGGCUAAAGCAGCAUUAAAGCCUAAAGCGUGUUGAGCUACUCUUGUAUUAUUAUUUUUAUGUUUCAAUAAAAUAAUUUUUGUAAA